AUGUCAUCUCUUACCAAAUUACUUCAAGAGAAACGCAAGAAUGAGACGGGGGGACCGUCAGGGGCUACACAGGGUCGUCCUGCGAUAAACGGCCACGGUUCAACGUUGAGCACUAUGACGGUUGCAAUGGUAGAUUCGAGCGACGAAGGUGAGAAUGCGUCAGCCGGAACAUCUUUAGAGGCACAAGUGAAUUUCUCAUCGAGCUUCCUGAACUCCAACUCGGCACAUACCGCAACUUUGUAUGAGAACGGGUCACUAACGAGGGAUAAGCCCACGCCCCUUAUCAUCGAACCGUCGGCGACGACCGACAGGUUGAGCAAGCUCUCUUCGACGCCUAACACACCUAAUACUAACAGGCAAAUACCAUCUCUAUCGUCGAGCAUUCCUUACUCAGUACCUAAUUCUAACAAUGGCAAUUCCUCCGGAAAUGGAAGCGCUGGCUCGUCUGUAUCCUCUUCCUGGCUGGAAAGCUCCGGGCUUAUGCCCAACAAUGUGUCUGCAAUUGAUUCCAACGUGAUUUCCUCCCCCAAAGUCGAUACAGUAGAGCCUAGAUUCGUGAUUUCUAAACAAAAGUUUCAGAAGGCUUCUAUGGACAAAGCAAAUUUCUCGUCAAAUCCAAAUUCAAUUUCUAGAUCCUCUUCGUUAUCCUCACAAUUGGGUAACUUCUUUUUUACCAAGUCCUCUAAGGAUAUUCCCAGUAGCUCCGCACAAACUAAAGAGAUUCCUACUAGCGGGUAUAGCUCUUCCAUUCCCAAACCCAUGCGGGCUAGACAAAGCUCAUUCUACAAUGCUUCAAGACAACCCUCUGGAUCUUAUCAAGACAACUUUAUCGGAUCACCAUCAUCUCUUCAUGAACAUCCUCCAAAUCAGUAUAUCCCAAGAUCUAGACACUCCUCUAUUGUCGAUCUCAAAAGAUUUUUCAAGAAAGGCCAAGGAAAUAUGAGCGUAUCACCUGGAACACCACCCGUAUCUGGUGGUGGCCAUAUCAGCUCUCAUACUUCGAAUACUUCUUCCUUCGGUCCUGCCUCGUACGGUAGCACCAACGGUGAUACAAUUUAUACGAGCUCGGCAUCAUCCGCGUUGCCAUAUUCUAAGCGUUAUUCCAAGACGGGAGAAAGCUUAGGCGCAGGUGCUGGUGGCUCUGUCAAGUUAGUGAAAAGGGUCCAGGAUGGAAAAGUGUUUGCUGUGAAGGAGUUCAGGACAAAAUUCGAUCAUGAAUCAAAACGAGACUACGUCAAAAAGAUAACUUCGGAGUACUGUAUCGGUACCACGUUGCGCCACCCAAAUAUCAUUGAAACAGUAGAAAUCGUUUAUGACAAUAACCGUAUUCUUCAAGUUAUGGAGUAUUGUGAUUAUGAUCUAUUUGCUAUUGUUAUGAGCAAUAAAAUGUCAUAUGACGAGAUUUGUUGUUGUUUUAAACAGAUAUUGACAGGUGUCCAGUAUUUACACUCCAUGGGUCUAGCUCACCGUGAUUUGAAACUGGAUAACUGUGUGAUAAACAGUAGUGGCAUUGUCAAGCUGAUUGAUUUUGGUGCAGCAGCAGUAUUUUCGUAUCCGUUCUCCAAGAAUCUUGUAGAAUCAUCCGGUAUUGUCGGAAGUGAUCCAUAUUUGGCACCUGAAGUUUGUAUUUUCACAAAAUACGAUCCUCGACCCGUGGACGUAUGGUCUGCAGCAAUCAUAUUUGCAUGUAUGAUUUUGAAAAAAUUCCCAUGGAAGAUACCAAAGCUAAAAGAUAACUCGUUUAAGCUUUUCUGCUCAGGAAGAAACUGUGACUCUUUGAGUGCUCUAGUUACACGUACACCCGAACCUCCUUCUUAUGACAAUGCAGUAGAAGGAGCGCAGCCAGAACCUUCAGCUCAGUCGAAUAAUCCUGCGGACCCCAACAAUCCUAAUAUAGGCCCCCAGAGAUUGUUACACUCUUUGCCAGAGGAAUGUCAUCAUAUCAUAGGCCGCAUGGUUGAUCUAGCCCCAGCCUGCAGAGCCAGUAUAGAUCAAAUUAUGGACGACCCUUGGAUCCAAGGUAUCGAAAUGUGUACCGUUGAGGAAGACGGUUUGAACUCUAAAGUGGUGCCUGCCACGAAUCAUGAACACACGCAAGUUGAUCAAAGCGAAGCACACAUUGCCGGGUUGGAAAAGAAGAAGAAAAAGCAAAACAAGUGA